AUGGAUCCGUCCAGCCAAAACGCUACUCCUGUCGAUGGUCAAGGGUCUAACCCUUCCGGCCAAACAGAAACGAAUCGAUCCAUUCCAAGCGAACCAGCUCCAGUGAGGUUGCAACGCUCCAGAUCUGCUUCAGAUCUGAGCAACCUCGGAACCGCUGCACCUGCAGCUCGUUCGGGUGUGGAUUCCACAAACCCGAACACUGGAACUCCGGUCGGAGGAAACCCGUACAUCUGGAUUCGUCCCGAGAUACGGCCUCCAGGACCGAUUCACUCGAAUUGGGCUUAA